UGUCAGCAGUGUUUUUGUUGCUGCUGGGGACUGUUGUGUUGUGAAAAUGGCGACGCCUCGUCGCUCCUCCCAGCAGCGGCAGCAGCAGCAGCAGCAGCAGCAGCAGCAGCUGAGCGCCCUGCUGUCCUCACCUCCUCGCAGUGCAUAUAUAUCCGUCAGCCCGCCGGACUCCCCGUCUGCACCCGCCGAAGAUGCUUCCCCGCUUUCCGUUGGAGCAGAAAUGGAAAACGUGGCUGAUGGUGAGGUAGCGCCGACCUCUCCCAACACCACUUCCCCGGCUCUGGCCCUCACACCCAGCAGCAGCAGCAGCAACAGCAACAGCAACAGCAGCAGCAGCACUACUAGCUCCCCGACCACCACCGAGGGAAGCGAGACUAGCCCUGGCUCUACACCGGACUCUGGCGGUGCUAACCCACGCAGCAGCAACAGCACUAUUAGCGGCGAUGCAAACGGCGCUUUUAGAGAGCUAUUUGAAGCCUGUCGAAACGGGGAUGUUUCCAGAGUCAAGAAACUCGUAGAUGCGGUGAAUGUGAACGCCAAAGACAUGUCUGGACGCAAAUCGACACCCCUGCAUUUCGCUGCAGGUUUUGGACGGAAAGAUGUGGUGGAUCACCUGCUUCAAACAGGCGCAAACGUGCACGCCCGAGACGACGGGGGGCUCAUCCCGCUCCACAAUGCUUGCUCUUUUGGUCACUCUGAGGUGGUGUCCUUGCUUCUGUGUCAAGGCGCUGACCCCAACGCUCGAGACAACUGGAACUAUACGCCGCUACACGAAGCAGCUAUUAAGGGAAAGAUUGAUGUCUGCAUAGUGCUACUGCAGCAUGGAGCAGACCCCAACAUCCGCAACACCGACGGCAAGUCCGCCCUGGACCUGGCUGAACCCUCCGCCAAGGCCGUGCUCACAGGUGAAUACAAGAAGGAUGAGCUGCUGGAGGCGGCAAGGAGUGGAAACGAGGAGAAGCUAAUGGCCCUGCUUACGCCGCUCAACGUCAACUGCCAUGCGAGCGACGGCCGCAAGUCCACACCUCUCCACCUGGCAGCAGGAUACAACAGGGUGAGGAUAGUCCAGUUGUUACUGCAGCAUGGAGCCGACGUCCACGCCAAGGACAAGGGUGGACUGGUGCCUCUGCACAACGCCUGCUCUUACGGACACUACGAAGUUACUGAGCUGCUGCUAAAGCAUGGAGCUUGCGUGAACGCCAUGGAUCUGUGGCAGUUUACGCCUCUGCAUGAAGCGGCUUCCAAAAACCGGGUGGAGGUCUGCUCUCUCCUGCUGAGCCACGGCGCUGACCCCACCCUGCUGAACUGCCACAGCAAAAGCUCUGUGGACAUGGCCCCCACUCCUGAGCUGAAGGAGAGACUCACAUAUGAGUUUAAGGGCCAUUCUCUGCUUCAAGCAGCUCGAGAAGCAGACAUGACCAAAGCCAAGAAGACCCUCGCUCUGGAGAUCAUCAACUUCAAGCACCCUCACACACACGAAACGGCGCUGCAUUGUGCAGUGGCGUCUCCACACCCCAAACGGAAACAGGUCACUGAGCUGCUGCUGAGGAAAGGUGCCAACGUUAAUGAGAAGAACAAGGAUUUCAUGACGCCUCUUCAUGUAGCAGCGGAGCGGGCUCAUAAUGACAUUAUGGAGGUGCUCCAGAAACAUGGAGCAAAGGUAAACGCCUUGGACACGCUGGGCCAGACGGCGUUGCACCGCGCGGCGCUUGCAGGCCACCUACAGACCUGCAGGCUGUUGUUAGGAUACGGGGCGGACGCCACGCUGGUGUCCCUGCAGGGCUUUACCGCCGCUCAGAUGGGAAACGAAGCCGUGCAGCAAAUUCUCAAUGAGAACGUCCCGGUCAGAAACUCUGAUGUGGACUACAGACUUCUGGAAGCUGCCAAAGCUGGAGACCUGGAUACCGUCAAGUCGCUGUGCACAGCUCAGAAUGUGAACUGUAGGGAUCUAGAGGGACGGCACUCCACUCCUCUCCACUUCGCUGCCGGCUACAACAGAGUGUCAGUGGUGGAGUACCUGCUGCACCACGGGGCUGACGUGCAUGCUAAGGAUAAAGGCGGCCUGGUUCCUCUUCACAACGCCUGUUCCUACGGUCACUACGAGGUGGCUGAGCUGCUUGUCCGGCACGGCGCCUCAGUCAAUGUGGCCGACUUGUGGAAGUUCACGCCGCUUCACGAAGCUGCAGCAAAGGGCAAAUACGAGAUCUGCAAGCUGCUGUUAAAGCACGGCGCAGAUCCUACAAAAAAGAACCGAGACGGGAACACGCCCCUGGACCUGGUGAAGGACGGCGACACAGACAUCCAGGACCUGCUGCGGGGAGACGCCGCGCUGCUGGACGCUGCGAAGAAAGGCUGCCUGGCUCGGGUGCAGAAGCUGUGCAGCCCGGACAACAUCAACUGUCGGGACACGCAGGGACGCAACUCGACGCCGCUGCACCUGGCAGCUGGCUACAACAACCUGGAGGUGGCCGAGUAUCUGCUGGAGCACGGAGCCGACGUGAACGCUCAGGAUAAAGGAGGGUUGAUUCCUUUACACAACGCGGCUUCAUACGGGCACGUGGACAUCGCCGCCCUGCUCAUCAAGUACAACACGUGUGUGAACGCCACCGACAAGUGGGCUUUCACGCCCCUCCACGAAGCGGCGCAGAAAGGCCGCACCCAGCUCUGUGCCCUGCUGCUGGCCCACGGAGCCGAUCCCACCACCAAGAACCAGGAGGGACAGACGCCGCUGGACCUGGCCACGGCGGAUGACAUUAGAGCGCUGCUGAUUGACGCCAUGCCACCGGACGCCCUGCCGAGCUGUUUGAAACCGCAGGCCACUGUGGUGAGCGCAGGAGUGGUGAGUUCAGGUGCAGCAGCUGGCGUGGUCAUCUCGCCGUCUCCGUCUCCAUCCUGCCUGUCGGCGGCGAGCAGCAUCGACAACCUGACCGCGCCUCUUGGUGACAUCGCCGCAGCCGGGGCAACGGGCGUCGCUGACGGAGCUUCGGGGUCCGACAGGAAGGAGGGCGAAUCUCUGCUCGACAUGACCAUCAACCAGUUCUUGAAGAGUCUGGGACUGGAACACCUCCGAGACAUCUUCCAGAGAGAGCAGAUUUCGCUGGAUGUUCUUGCAGACAUGGGCCACGAGGAGCUGAAGGAGAUCGGCAUAAACGCUUACGGCCACAGACACAAACUCAUUAAGGGCAUCGAGCGACUGCUGGGCGGCCAGCAGGGUGGAAACCCAUACCUGACGUUCCACUGCUCCAGCCAGGGCACGGUGCUGAUCGACCUGGCGCCGGACGACAAGGAGUUCCAAUCUGUGGAAGAGGAACUGCAGAGCACGAUCAGAGAACACCGCGACGGAGGCAACGCUGGCGGAGUCUUCAGCCGGUACAACAUCAUUAAGAUUCAGAAGGUUGUGAACAAGAAGCUGCGUGAGAGAUACGCACACAGGCAGAAGGAAAUCGCUGACGAGAAUCACAACCACCAUAAUGAGCGAAUGCUGUUUCAUGGUUCUCCCUUCAUCAACGCGAUCAUCCAUAAGGGUUUUGACGAGCGACACGCCUACAUCGGCGGCAUGUUUGGGGCGGGGAUCUACUUUGCAGAGAACUCCUCUAAAAGCAACCAGUACGUCUACGGGAUCGGCGGGGGGACGGGGUGUCCCACUCACAAAGACCGCUCCUGCUACGUGUGCCACAGACAGAUGCUGUUCUGCCGGGUGACUCUGGGUAAAUCGUUUCUUCAGUUCAGCGCCAUGAAGAUGGCGCACGCCCCCCCGGGUCACCACUCAGUCAUAGGGCGACCCAGCGUCAACGGUCUGGCGUACGCCGAGUACGUCAUCUACAGAGGGGAGCAGGCUUACCCAGAGUACCUGAUCACCUAUCAGAUUAUGAAGCCAGAGAGUCUGGCUGCACCUGCUGCCACUGCAGAGCAGAAGUCCUAAACGACCAUCACAGCUGGAACUGAAGAUGACCAGAACAAUUUCCUAAACGGACUGUAAGCGAAGGAGGGGAUAAACAGUUCACACCUCGGGCUUGAAGUCUUUGGAGCCGAGUCUAAGGGGGUCGGUGUGAAAUAAUCCCUCAAAAGAUGCUGAAAUGGAGCAGGCUGAGUCGGGCUUUACCUGUAAGUUCAGUCUAAAGUCAGCAGACGGCAGAAAUCCAUUCUUAUUUAGCGUGAUAAUAUGGAGGAGACACGAGUUGUUCAGCCGUUUUGCAGCUUAGUCACAAAAACCAAACGGACUGUUUAGUGUUUUGGUACCUGUGUGCCGCUCAUCCAUUCUGUCCUCACAUUUGAAUGGUUUGUUUUGACAGCCGGUCCUCUUUUGCUGCUUUGAAUCAUUCACGACGAGAAAUUUAGCAACGGUCAUGCUGAGAGAAAAGAAAUUCAGAGCGUUUAAUCUGAACAUUUCCACCCUGCAGGACUGAACAAGACAGAAGAAGACAGCGUGAAAUGAGUCUAAACAGAAAUAAUAAGAGCGCUGUAGACAAAUUACACCCCGGAGGCGAAAAACCAAAGGCUAACGGGACACAGUCGGACCACAAUCCAACGCUGCAGACGUUCCACUGCACUCUGUUAAAGGGACCAGCUUUGCAGCAAGUGUUGAGAUAAAUCGGCUCAUUUACAGAGUAGCUGGAAAACAUUAAACUGAAAAAUAUGGACGCUAAUAAUAAAAUAACAAUACAUACAGUACUUUGCAAAAGUAUCCAUAGCCACUGAGCAUUUUCGCAAUUUCACAUUAUAAACCACAAUCCUCAAUGUAUUUAAUUGGGAUUUUAUUUUGUAGACCAACAGGGAGUAGUAUGUUAUUUUAAAGUCGAAGGGAAAUGACCCAAUUUUUUUAAAAGUUGUUAUUUUGUCUGUCUGUUCUCUAAUGUUCCCCAAUAAACAUUCAAGGCCUUCUACUCUCAACAUGAAGAGAGUUACUUGCAUUGGAUUUUAUUUUGUAGUAACAGGGUAAAGAGGGCUAAACUUGGAAGUUGUAGAGGACAGAAAAUGUUGAUUAUUCUUCUGUUUACUGAACUGUUAUCCUCUGCUACGUAGUUGGAGUAUCACAGAAAUUUCUUUUGAAAUUCAUUGGAAUUUGUAGCUGUACGAUUUGUGAUGUAAGAAAGUUUAACUGGUUUGAAGACUUUUGCAGCGUACUGCAUGUUUUUAUUGUGUUUCUGCUCAAUGUCUGGGCUAAAUCUGAGAGUAUAUAUGAGAUUUUUGAGGUGUUGGGUGUUAAAUCUCUCCUCUCUGUUCUGAGAAUCACCUAAAAGAGUUCUAACUUUAUCAAUAAGAAUGUUUAGAAAUGUAAAAAUACACUUACUGGUGCCUUUCCAGACCAUAACUUUCAGUGCAGUCACUUUAACAUUCACAAUUCAUUUCAGUGUAAACAUCCUAAACAUGCAUCUUCCACCAGUAAGUGUUGAAACUGUAGUAGCGGGAUAGACCAGCUCCAAGUUUAAUUACUACUGCUAAAAUUUGAUGUUAAAAGCCAGAAACACCCAAAGCUCAGAGGUGAAAUUUUAAUAAGUUUAUUCCCUUCUUGAAUGGAUUUUCACUUUUUUUAAAGAAAAAAGUUUAAGAUCGAGAUGAAGAAACUGAAUGUACCGGAUUUAAAGAUGGAAGAUAAAAGGUGCCUCUCCUCAGUUACUCAUUCAGAUUCACAUGUGAAGCUAGUUUUGUAUUAUUAUUAUUAUUAUUAUUAUUAUUAUUAUUAUUAUUAUUAUUAUUAUUAUUAUUAUUAUUAUUAUUAUUAUUAUUAUUAUUAUUAUUAUUAUUAUUAUUACUACUACUACUAUUCUGUAUCACGUAUUGUCUCCGAGAUGUUUGAAAGGUGUGUUUGUUUACAUGAACCUGCUGCCUUCUCGUCCCUUUCUUCUCUGGCUGUUAUCUGUUGCUGCCCCCCAGUGGCCGAACAGUGUAACCGCCCGCUUGUGCUAACGAGUGAAAGGGUACGCUUUUAUUUUCAGUUGUAAAAUUCAGGAGGGCAUUACUGUAAAUCUUUCGGGUGGUGGGUUAGUUGUAAAUAAUUUUCUCACUGUAUUUCACUGAGCCAUUCAGAUCACAGACUGAACAGAUCACUGGUGUGAUCACAAGUUCUCAAUAACAUGAAGCAGAGGCUGACACACACACACACAGAGAGUUUUCCAGCGUUUUAUAUGUACACAAUACAUACUAUUUUAUUUUCUGACCAUAUUCUCCUGUUGAUUGUUGGCUGUUUUCUAAUAAUGAUACUUUACAUUAGAUGGGACCACAUUAAAGCAAUUGCAGAGUUAAGCCAGACUGACUGUUUAUUCCUGCAUUUUUUUUUUUUUUUAAAAGCAUAAUUUGACUUCAACAUUUUCCAGUUGUGGAAAAAAACAUGUUUCCAGAUUUUAUUUUUUAUACCAUUGGCCCUCCCUUACUUCCUCCCUGUUAUGUUCUUCCUUUGUCUUCUUCCAGUUUUUAUUUUUCCAGGUUUCAUAUGAAGAGCCUGGCACAAAGUUUUAAAGUUAAAAAAAGUCUGGAGUUCCCACAUGAUGCCUUUUUAGAAACCUGGUUUGUUUUGCUAAAUUAUGAAAAAAGACUGCUGGUUUCACACAUUUCUUUUUAAAUUACUGAGAAGUUUCUUUGCUACUGUAGGAUUUCAUUCAUGUUUAUACUAAUGGUGUGUGUAUGUUUUAUUAGAAAUUUUUUUUAGAAAGUAAAGUCAUUAUUUGGCAUUCCAACGCUUUGGGAAAAUCAGACAGUUUUCCUUUACGACAUAAAUCCAGUGAGCAAUAAGAUGCUUUGACGAAUAAAAAUUCAAUUCAUUAUUAAAUGAAAAAACCAGAACGUUAAUCAACCUGUGGACAGAAUAAAUUACCGCAGGAGAAAAUGGGGAAAAACUGAUAAGCAUGAAAUUAGGUUGGCAUGGAAAUGUCCAUCUGAUGAACACUGCUCACAUUAAGAGAGGAAGAAGAAGAAGCUGUGUAAACAAAUCUUUUGUGUAUCACCAUGUUGUCAGUCUAAAAUUUAAUUAGUUUUUGGUUCAUGCAGAAUUUUUAAUGACAUUAUUAAGCUGAGCAUUGUUUCAUUAAACAUUGGUAAAACUCCAGACGGGCUUUUUAAUGGAGGAUUUAUCUGUAAAAAAACAGUUUUUAUGACUAAUUGCUGUUGAGUUUAAAUGGUCUGUCUUGCUGGUUUUGUCUCCGUCAGCCAUGUUUUUGUGUAUAUACUGGAGGGUCUGUGUGUUUGUUUGUAAAAUAAAUCCGUGUUCACUUUCUGCCUGCCCAAAGCAUCAGAUGAAAUAACACAUUUCCUUAUCCGUUAUGUCCGACCUGCUGUUGUACAAAUGGUUGUACAGAUCUAACGUGAAACACAAAAACUCCUGUACAGAAGAAAAUCCUUAAUAAAAAAUCAUUUUAACUUUA